AAUGUUCCAUACAUGUGUCCAUGGGAUGGACGAAAAAAAUUUGGGUGGGAACACAAGACAGCUGCUAAGCGCGUGGUGUGUCGGUCGCUUGUCUCACCAAACCGGCGACAUGGAAGCCAGCUCGUCGCUUGUCUCGGUGCCGUCCGCCCGACAAGCGGCGCCCGCACGCGCUGCGCGUGCACGCCUCUAAAUACACAGCCCCGAGCGAGGCCGCCAAUCCCGCCGCCGCCCCACCCACCCACUCAUCCACGCAAAGCGAACCCGGCCGCCGGCGACGCAGUCCGGGACAUCACAGCUACAGCUAGCGGGAGCCGCAGCGGCGAUGGCGGAGAUCCCGGUGAUCGACCUGCGCCUCGCCGGCUCGUCGCGCGAGGAGUCCGCGCGGCUGCGUGCCGCGUGCGAGCGCCUGGGCUGCUUCCGGGUGACCGGCCACGGCGUGCCCGCGGGGCUGCUGGCCGAGAUGAAGGCCGCCGUGCGCGCGCUCUUCGACCUCCCCGACGACGCCAAGCGCCGCAACGCCGACGUCAUCCCCGGCAGCGGCUACGUGCCGCCCAGCGCCGCCAACCCGCUCUACGAGGCCUUCGGGCUCCUCGACGCCGCCGCGCCCGCCGACGUCGACGCCUUCUGCGCGCGCCUCGACGCGCCGCCCCACGUCAGGGAGACCGUCAAGGCCUACGCGGAGAAGAUGCACGACGUGAUCGUUGGCGUCGCCGGCGAGCUGGCCUCCAGCCUGGGGCUGGAGAAGCACUCGUUCCAGGACUGGCCGUGCCAGUUCCGCAUCAACCGGUACAACUACACGCAGGAGACGGUGGGCUCCUCCGGCGUGCAGACCCACACGGACUCGGGCUUCCUCACCGUGCUCCAGGAGGACGAGUGCGUGGGCGGCCUCGAGGUGCUGGACCCCGCCACCGGCGAGUUCGUGCCCGUGGACCCCGUCGCGGGCUCCUUCGUCGUCAACAUCGGCGACGUCGGCACGGCGUGGAGCAACGGGAGGCUGCACAACGUGAAGCACCGGGUGCGGUGCGUCGCGCCCGUGCCCCGCAUCUCCGUCGCCAUGUUCCUGCUCGCGCCCAAGGACGACGGCGUGAGCGCGCCGGAGGCGUUCGUCGACGAGGACCACCCGCGCCGGUACAAGGCGUUCAACUACGACGACUACCGCAGGCUCCGGCUGUCCACCGGCGAGCGCGCAGGCGAGGCGCUCGCGCGGAUGGCGGCGUGACGUGGUGCAGCUGCAAAUUGGAAGCCGGCAGCGACAAGCCGUUAAUUAUAGGCUUACCGUGGGACCGCCAUACGCCUACACGAGCAGAGUAUUCCAUAUCGGUUUUCUCGUUGAUCCGUUGUAUUAAUCGUGUGGGGAGAAGGAUUAUAUGUACCUAAUUUGCUCUACUGCUUAAUGAAAGACAUGCCCAGCACGAUCUAAAAAAAACUACCGUGGUGCCAUGUGAAUUGCUAUGACUCUGAUCAAUAAAAUCCUGUAACACUUGCGAGUCUA